AUGAUGGGGUGUUUCAAUGUCAGAAUAGCCAAACAAUAUGACGAGUGUGCUUUAAAACAGAACUUUGUUAGCUUGGCAUUUUUAAGAUUUAUUAGUCAUAGUUUAUGUAUUGGAUGGAGGGACUACUACAAAAUUCUUUCUAAAAGUAUAUUGCAUACCAACACUGAAAAAAAAAAAAAGAAUUGCUACUUUCUCGUUUGUGUUGAUAGACUCACACUGCACUUAUUCAUCACCCAUUCCCUUCCAAACAUUUCUCAAUUUUGCCACGAACAGCACAAAAAUUCAAAGGAUGUGUCUAGUUUCCCUUACAGCCCUUCAGCCUUUACAAGCGUGGAGCGCUAG